CUCACAUCGCGUGAAGGAGGGCGACGGCGUUGUUGGUGGCUGUUUGUCCCCCAGGGUGCUUUCUUCCUCGCCACUGCGCGUCCGCACGGCCUCUCUCCUCAUUGCCCCGGCGCGCUGUCCACCAUGCAGGCCGCCGAUGGACCCGCCCUCGAGCUCUCCGACAUCAUGCAUCCCAUGUCGCCGUCGCCUGCGCCCCAGACGGUCGCACUCCCGCCGGAACCACAUGUGCACUUGCCCGAUCCCCAACUACAACCUCCUCAUGUCGACGACGCGCUCCCGCCUCAACAGCCUCACGCGGCUUCUAUGCAUACCUAUGAUACCCAGGCUGCACUCUCGACUCCGGAGCCGCUCGAUCAGUCGGAAGCGAACGGCAUGAGGCAGCGCGUACAGCAGCUCGGACUUACAGGACCUAAUGCGAGGCCAUACGCGACUCCACUAGAAAGAGAACUUGCAAGCAUGGUCCUACGCCUCACCUCCGAUCCCGUCGUACCACCAUCCCCAUCACAGCUGGCCUCCCAAGCGGAAACCAUCGCGACUCUGACGCUCCAGCGUAAUCUGCUACUGCAUGGACUCGAGGAAGAACGGGCACGCUGGGACGUCGAGCGACAAGGCUGGGAUCGUAGUGCAGAUGCACUAUUUCGCCAAUGGCGCAGUGCCAAGCCUCCCGCGGACAAGGACUACGAUGCUGGGCAUGCGCUCGCGCAAUUACGAGACGAGAACAACACUCUUCGGCAGAAGCUUUCGGACACUCUCACCCGCCUCUCUGCCCUAGAGUCCGAACUCUCUCGUCUACGCCCUCUCCUCAUGAUACAGACAAAUUUCCUUCGGGAUCCAGAAGUUCUUCAACACGCAUCCCUAGUACAAUUCCCGCCUUUAGACGAGAAGUCUAGCAAGAAGGCGAAGAAGUCAACUGACCGAGUGAAGAAGGAAAGGGUCGGCGUUUCUGCUGUGUCCGCCCAAGCACAAGCAGCGGAGCCGAACGACGUAGUCGAUGCGAUGGAUAUCGUUUCAGAGACAAAUCCCAGAGGUGUUUCGAACGGACGGCAUGCGGCCGACGAGGGUGUGCGACCACAGGAUCUGACUAUCACACCUACAGAUACACCUGGAGCUGGCCCUUCGCGAAUGCGCCUCGAUUCCGUAGGUGAUGUGUUCGCGUCCCCAUCUCGGCCGAGCAUGCCCCCGCCUGCGCUCAAACCUUCGAGCUUGAAACACGCCGACAAGCACACGAAGAAGAGCAAAGACAAGAAGGCGCGGUUCAAGGCGCCUGGACCGCGUGCGCCCCUGCUCACUGACGCACGCGCGGAGUGCAUCUUGACGGCAGCGCGCAAGAUCGGGCGAGUCCGCGCGGGGAUUGCUGCAGGUCUGAUGAAGGAGCGCGAGCGCGAGGGACGUCAGGCAGACGCAACAAGGCAGGCGCAAGAAGAGGCGCAGCGCGCGUCGGGCGUCGUGUUCGGGAUGCACCCGGAUUGGCAGGGGGCGUGGGUGCCGGGUGAAGGAGAGCCGGGGCCGUCGAUCUACCCAGGCGCCGCGACGAGCCCCAGCGCGAGCGCAGCACACGCAGGUGUCCCGUACACACACCCGACGGGGCCGUAUCAGCUCACGGCGACCCCGCCACAAGUGCGCGUCGCUCCUGGCUCUGUACCGGGGCACCCGUAUGUGCCGGGCUAUGUGUAUAUGCAGGCGGUGCCCAGUCCACCUGGCGGGCGCGCGAUGCCGGCGCAGGUCCCGCAGGGCACGGCGAUGAUGGUGCCAGUGUGGCCGAUGCCGGGAACGCCGCCGGCGGGAAGGGCGCAGGCGCAGGCGGCUCCCGGCGUGGGCCAAGGAAGAAGUGCAGCGCGCGGGAGGACGCCAGGGAGGAACGGGAGGACGCAGGGUGUUCUCGCGACGCCGUUGGAUUCGUUGCUGAGUGCGGCGACGGCUGCGCGGACGAUGAUGGCGGACGAGGACUACGAUGGAAACGGCGACGGAGGCGGUGAUACCGAGAAGGAAGAAGAGGAGCUUCCCAGAUUGAAGAGAUCGCCGAGGAGACGCGCUGCCGCCGCCGCUGCCUCUGCGCUGGACAAGCCGGUGCCGAAGAGACGGAGGGUGGGCGCAUCGGCUUCGGCGGGCAGCGCUGCAUCCACGAGAGGUACUACGGGGAGGACGAGGAGGCAGACAAGAGCUGCGCUGGCGCAAGCUCAGGAGUCGCAGGACCAGCCACAGACACGUCCGCCGCCUGACCGGAAGGGCAAGGGCAAGCAACGAGAGGUUUCCGCGCCGCAAUCCCCAGUGCAGGCCAAGGGCAAGGGGAUAGCGACAGCGAACGGCGGUAGUCCGCAUCCUGAUCCUGUCCCGGCGCCGCCUCCUGUGCCGAUCGCGAGAGUGAGGAGCGCGUUGGACGUUCUCGCGGAUCAGGCGGCGCAGGAGCAGGAGAGGAUGCCGACGAGUGACCCCGGGAGUCGGAGGCAGAGCACAGAGCCGGACCGUGACAAGGAGAUGCGGCGUAUGGCUCCGGGACCGUCUGCGAUGUCGAAGAUGCAGACCAGCGAGCCUUCGGUGGUUCAGCGAGAUGAGGACGAAGGCGGCGUGAGCGAUGCGGAUGCUGAGGGAGACGUGGAGGUCGACGUCGAUGUCGAUGCUGAAGGAAGUGAGGACGGCAAUGACCUUGCAGCGGACGUCGAGGCCGCGAAACUCGUCGGAACAAUGGACGUCAUAACGCAGCACCUAGUACCGACGACAGUAUCAACGGGCACAGCAUCGACGAUGACCAGGACAAGACAGAUCGAGCCCAUCGAUGUUGGCUCUGUUCGUUCUGUUGAUGUACGGAUGUCCGGACAUCCUGGCACGUCGAUGGACACUAAUGCAGAUGGGCUAUGAUCUCCUAUUUUGGGGUGACUGGCUUUAGCGAUGUGCGAUUGUGCGACCGCACAUAACGUACUGGUACGACUUCGCUCAU